AUGAGUACACGGUCCAAUUCACGGCAUGUGUUGCCUUCGAAACAAUUCUUUACACCUAGGAGGCCUAUAAGACCAAAUGCUAAUGCUUCUGCUAUGCGAAAGACAACUAGUAGUUCGACUUUGAACUCACCCAGUUCUUCUCACCAUACAUCAUCUCAAAUGAGAUUACCGUUCACCUCGGUAGUCGGAACUACAUCGAGCGAAUCUAACAGCGAAGAAGUAGGAAUAGCACGCCUAACCCUUCCAAGGAUAUCCACAACACUUGAUUUAUCCUUAGAUUAUAUAAUAGCUUCAAAUAGUGGAAGCGAUUUAAACUUUUCUUUGCCAGAACCGCCUCCAAGUGCCCUUUUAGCUCGGCGUCAAACCCGAACAGACAUUCCACAAGCAGUAAUAGAUUCAGUGCUAGAGCCAAUAGAUGUAUCAACAAACACCUUAAAGCAUAAUUCUGAUUCGAGAACCCCAUCCAAUGUCACCCCCAGAUUAUCACUACAUAAAAAGCAAGCUCCAUUUUUAUAUUCACAUGUUUCACCAGCUGUGGUAGCUGUGUUUAUUUAUUUGUUCUUGUUAGCCUUAAGUAGUAUGCUAAUAACUUCAUGGACCGAUCCGGGAAUCAUUCCACGUAAUCUUGAUCCAUCACCACCGAGAGAAGAAUUCGAUGAUGGCGAUCAUUAUUACAAUCUAUCGCAAUAUUCGUAUGUUCCGACACGGAGCCUUCCGUUGCCAAAAAACAUAAGAAUCAAUGGUUAUAGUAUGGUGUUAAAAUACUGCGAGACUUGCAAGAUAUACAGACCACCAAGGUGUAGUCAUUGUCGACAAUGUAAUAACUGUGUAGAAAAUGAAGAUCAUCAUUGUAUAUGGCUUAACAAUUGUAUUGGUCGUCGAAAUUAUCGCAGCUUCUUUACGUUUAUCUUGACUGCCACGAUAUUGUGUAUUUAUGUUGCCGGAUUUAGCCUUGCGCACAUCAUCUUACUGUUGAAAGAGAACGAUUUAAGUUUCUUGGGAGUACUUAGGGCUGCACCUAUGAGAUAUCCUUUCAUAUCAUUCUUGUUAGUGUGGUCAGUGGGUGGAUUGUCUGGCUAUCAUAUUUAUUUAGUUAGUCAUAAUUUGACUACGCAUGAACAGCUUCGUGCUCCUUUAGCGCGUCGAAAUGGACUUAGGAAUCAAUAUGAUUUUGGCAGUACAUACAAAAAUUGCUUAUGGGUUUUAUGUCGACCUCUGGUACACAGUUCUAUAAAUCGACGUGGAUUUGUCGAAUCUGAUCUAGUGGAAGAUAGGGAAACCCAGGAUGACGGGACAUCAGCUGAUCCGCAAAUGACAAGCGCGACAAAUUUGUCAUUAGCAGGACCUUCGAGAACAAAUCAGGACAGGGUGAACGUAAAUGUAGCGUAA